AUGGGCUUGAGUGCUUCUUCCUCCACCUACCAGGAUUAUGUGACAACCUAUGAGAUCGUGGGUGAAGAGCACAUGCAGCACAAAGAUUAUGUGACAACCUAUGAGAUCGUGGGUGAAGAGCACAUGCAGCACAAAGUGGGUGGUCAGCUUGCCGCUCUGAAGCUCAGACGGAGGAGAGCCAGGGCUGGAGGCCAGCCGGGGUCCCUGAGCACAGCCCUCAUUCCUCUCUCUUUCCCUGGCCAGGUGCUGUUUGCGCUGAACCAGACCCUGUUGCAGCACGAGAGCGUGCGGGCCGGGAGCCUGCAGGCACCCUACACCACGGAGGACCUCAUCAAGCACUACAACUGCGGAGACCUCAACGCUGUCAUCUUCAACCACGACACAUCCCAGCUGCCCAACUUCAUCAACACCACCCUCCCGCCACACGAGCAGGUGACAGCCCAGGAGAUCGACAGCUACUUCCGCCAGGAGCUCAUUUACAAGAGGAACGAGCGCAUGGGGAAGAGGGUCAUGGCCCUUCUGCAGGAGAACGAGGAUAAGAUCUGCUUCUUUGCCUUCGGAGCAGGUCACUUUCUGGGGAACAACACCGUCAUCGACGUUCUACGGCAGGCAGGGCUGGAAGUGGAUCACACACCUGCAGGGCAGGACAUCCACAGCCCUGCCGCCUGGAGCCCAGUGCCCCCUCCCGAGGGGACCUCCACGAGCCCGGCCCCAGUGACCCCAGCUGCUGCCGUCCCCACAGUGCCCUCGGCACCCCCCACCGCCCCACCUGAGGAGGAGGAUCCAGCCCUGUCCCCACACCUCCUGCUCCCUGACAGCCUCAGCCAGCUGGAGGAGUUUGGACGGCAGAAGAAGUGGCACAAGAGGCAGAACAAACACCAGCGGCCGCGGCAGUUCAAUGACCUCUGGGUCCGCAUCGAGGACAGCACCACUGCUUCGUCACCCCUGCCGCCCCUCCAGCCCACGCACAUCUCCGGGACCGCCACGCCCCCCUUCCAGAUCUCAGACCAGCUCCAGCAGCAGGACCUGCCGGGGCCCACCAGCAGCUCAGCACCCCGCUGCUCAUAUCCUACCCUGGGCCUGCUCUCUGUUGUCGCUGCCACCAUCGCCGCCCCUUUCCUGCUGCACACCCUCGGACCCUCCUGACCUCAGCCACCCCAUGAGGAGAAGCCAGAGAAACCAUACAAGGGUCUGUGGUCACACCGCACCUCCCCUGCCACAGCUCCAGGGUGCCCAGCACCUCGAGGGCAGUCCAGACGGGAUGAGUUAGAACACUAGAGCUUUAUUGUACCCAAGUUACAUCUUCUUUUUUGUAGAAGAAUCUUAAUUUCCCAUAGUGCUAUGGGGCUUUUUUGUAAAAUAUGUGUUCAUAUUAAAAAAGAAAAAUGUAUUUAUUCUACCGAUAAAA